AUGUCUCGACCAGCCCUCCACAGUGGUAAGAGUGAUAGCACUGUCUUGCAAGGUCCUUUCUUUCCAGCCUUUUUUGACAGAAAAAUGUGCUGUUCUGCACUACUUGUUUUUCUUGGUGUAAUUGGGAGUGUAAGUGCUUCUGGAAAAUAUGGGGAUAUCAAUCUCAUUCCAACAACAGGUGCUUCAUGUAGCACAUCCAGUCAAGAUAGCCUCGCUUACUGUGGUGUCAGAGCAUCUGAGCGUAUGGCACAGACAGACAUCCAAAGAGUAAACAACCUAAAGGAUAAAAUUAAAUCCGUGGCUAACAAAAAAGGAAUGGAUCCUGCUGUCAUUGCUGGAAUCAUAUCUCGUGAAUCACGUGGUGGGAGUGUUCUGAAAAACGGAUGGGGUGAUGGUGGCAAUGCCUGGGGAGUGAUGCAGGUUGACAAAAGAUAUCACAAGAUUCUUGGAGCCUGGAACAGUGAGGAACACAUUUCUCAGGGCACAGAUAUUCUAAUUGGAAUGUUUAAUAGCAUCAAGAAUAAAUUCCCCAACUGGACAAUACAUCAACACCUAAAAGGAGCUAUCGCCGCUUAUAAUACUGGUUCAGGACGUGUCAGCAGCUUUAGUGGUGUGGAUGAUUCCACUACUGGAAAAGACUACUCCAAUGAUGUGGUUGCACGUGCAAGAUUUUAUAGACAAAAUGGAUACUAUUAAAACUAUAUUCUUAAUAAUCCAUGCUUCACAAAACCAGCCAACAUAUAAUCAUUAGGAACUAAAACCACAAAGUAAAAGCAAAAAAAUGUAUUGCUUUUUUCUAACAGCAAAUGCAUUAGUAAAGCCAGACAGAAAAA